AUGAAGUUGAUCUCAUUGCUUUCUUUCCUUGUCAUUGGCAAUGUGGCUCACGCUACUUAUUGUGGUGUAGUAACUGAUACCUACACCAAAACCAAGUACUCUACAAGUCACGCUCCAGCUGUCACUUCGACCCAUACUAGGAAAAUACCAGUUUGCUUCGAGACUGAAACCAUUACCAAGACCAAAACUAAACACGUUGAUACUACAACCUACUCUACUACGACCAAACACAAGACUGAAACUGAGACUCAUACAGCUAGACCAGUAUGGACAACCACCACGUCUACCAGAGUUAUUCCAACUUGUACUCCAAGACAAAACAAGCGAUCUUUCCUUGAUUCUCUCUUCGAAGAAAAUCAGGACCAGGUCGAUGAAAGAGAGUUGCAAGGUUUGACUAAUGGUGAAAGGAUUCAAAGGGGUUUACCUUUAGCUAAACCUAAUCAUAACCGAAAGAGAUCGCCUCAAGCUGCUACUAUUGAUCUUGAUCUUGAAGUUGAUGCUCAAGGUAGAAAACACCCUCAUCCUUCUUGUUACCCUUCUCAUACAACUCAAAUCGUAACUAUCACAAAAGGUAAAACUAUUACUCCCACUCAGUGGACAACCACUUCCAAAUGUGCUAGAACUAAAACCGUCGAUGAAGUUGUCACAACUAAAACUACAAUCACCGAUGUUCACACUGAAACAGGCACCAAGAGGGGUCAACCAGUUAUUAUCACUGAAAAUGUUACACCUACCCAUACCCAAACUUCCAUCGUUACUUCAAGGUCUAUCACUGGAGCUUGUAGACCUACUCAUUACUAG